UCCAGUUGGAGUUUUUCAGUGUUCUUCGACGGGUGUGAAAAAUUUGUGGUGCGCAUUAGAAAAUUCGUGUAAUAAGCCUGAAAAAUAACCGAAAAUGUCUGGCAAAGAGAGAUUACCGAUUUUCCCAUCGCGUGGUGCCCAGAUGUUGAUGAAGGCACGUCUCGCGGGCGCUCAAAAAGGUCACGGCCUGCUCAAGAAAAAAGCUGAUGCAUUGCAAAUGCGUUUCCGCAUGAUCUUGGGUAAAAUCAUUGAGACGAAAACUGUGAUGGGCGAUGUUAUGAAAGAAGCAGCCUUUUCACUGGCUGAGGCAAAGUUUACGUCCGGUGAUAUCAAUCAGGUGGUGCUACAAAACGUGACCAAGGCCCAGAUUAAAAUCCGCACCAAGAAGGACAACGUAGCUGGUGUUACGCUGCCCGUCUUUGAGUCCUAUCAGGAUGGUGGCGACACCUACGAACUGGCUGGCUUGGCCCGUGGUGGUCAGCAGUUGGCUAAGCUAAAGAAGAACUACCAGAGCGCUGUCAAGCUUCUCGUUGAGUUGGCCUCGCUGCAAACCUCAUUCGUCACUCUGGACGAGGUCAUCAAGAUCACGAAUCGUCGUGUGAACGCCAUCGAGCAUGUCAUCAUUCCUCGCAUUGAUCGCACACUCGCCUACAUCAUCUCGGAACUGGACGAACUGGAGCGUGAGGAGUUCUACCGCUUGAAGAAGAUCCAGGACAAGAAGCGUGAGGCGCGUGCCAAGGCAGAUGCCAAAAAGGCACAGAUGCUCAAGGAGGGCAUCGAUGUGCGGGAGCAGGCGAAUAUACUCGAUGAGGGCGACGAUGAUGUGCUCUUCUAAGUAUUACCCGUGUAUUCCAGCAAUAUAUUAUUGUUACAAAUAUUUGUUCUGUUUCCAUUUUAAUCCGCAAACUUAAAUAACGAAAAACAAAAACUCUAAAUGUAUGUAAUUUAGCUACUGGCAAACUUUGUAAGCUUAAAAGUAUAUAGUUUAAUUCCAAUAAGAAAAAAACAAAUGUAUGUAUUCCAUUUUGUAGUUAUGUAGCGCUCAAAUCAUGCAUUAAAGUCUUUUGUUGUUCCAUAGAA